AUGAGGCUCUCGCGCCUCCUCUGGACGCUCCCUCUGGCGCCGCCUCCCCUGCGGCUGCGUUCUCCAUGCAUGGCCGGGAACAAGUACGGCAGGAAGGACUACUGGGAUGAUCUGUACCGCGGCUCAGGGAGCGACGGACUUCCGGCUGAGGCCUUCUCUUGGUACUGCGGCUGGAGCGAGCUGGAGCCGUUCUGGUCGGAGCUCGUGGCGUCUGGCACGCCGCGUGUCCUCGUUCCGGGCAUGGGAAACGACCGCUCGCUAGUGGAGCUCUAUGACGCCGGCUGGAGAGACGUCACGGCCUUUGACUACUCCGAGGACGCGGUGACGCGAGCACGUGCCCUCGUCGGCAGGCGAGACGUCCGGCUGCUCUGCGCCGACGCCACCGCGCUGCCGUUUGCAGACGCGUCGUUUGAUGCGGUGCUCGAUAAGGGCACCCUCGAUGCCGUUGGGAUUGCGGGCGACACGCGCUUGCAAGAGGCGGUGGCAGAGCUGACGCGCACCACAGCGGCGGGCGGCGUCGUCGUGACAGUCUCCCGCGCCCUCGAGCCGAGCUCGCUGCUAUCCGCUUUUACCGGGCAGGACUGGAAGGUCGAGCGCGACGGAGGGCUGCACGUCGCGGAGGGCGGCGAGGUCUCGACCGACCUAGCGGCAGGGCUCUUUGCUUGGCGCCGACUGCCAGAGGGGCCGAGACGCGAGAGCCUCCGCGCCCCUCUCCCCGCGCUCUGCUCGCUCGACGACGCGACGGCGGUCGCGGCGCAGCACGCCUGCACAUCGUUCGCGAGCUGGCUCGUCCCUGGACGCGUCCUCGUUGGUCGCUACCCCGGCUCCUGCCCCUCCCGCCCCUGCACGGCCGCGGAACAGCGCGAGAGGGCGGAGCUGCCUCCGCAGGAGGAGGCCGCCGCGUGGCCGCCAGGGGGCGUCGCGGGCCAAUCAGGCAACGCCGUCGCGCCGCAGACGGCACGGUUCCAGCCAUAUCGCGCCGACGCCCCUGAAGGAGCGCAAUUCCUGCACUUUCCGAUCCCGGACCGCGGCGUCGCCGACUCGCCCGAGGCACUGGACGGGCUAGUGUCGGAGCUGUCGCGCAGAGCCCUCGACGGGCAGGUCCUGUACAUCCACUGCUGGGGCGGGCGAGGCCGCACCGGCAUGGUGGCCGCCUGCCUCCUCGGCUCGCUGUACCGGUACGUCGGCGCGGAGGAGGCGCUGCAACGCGUGCAGCGCUGCCUGUCCCUUCGGGAGGCGGGGUGUCGCUCGCCAGAGACAGAGGCUCAGGUAGAGGCGGUCCGCGAGUGGUUCAAGCGGAAGAGACCGUAA